AUGGACCCAGUACACUUCGAAGGGACCAGUUCCCUCCUUCCGCCGGUGUUACCAGUUGAGAUAGUGAUUUCGAACCUUUCAGUGGCAACCACAAAACGGCGCACGGAUUACCCGAACAAAGUUCUCAACCAUCAAGCACAGAGUCCGCCACGAACAAAACAGCUUUUGCAAAAGAUAAAUGCCCAAAUCCCCAGCGGUAGCGUGACUGCAAUUAUCGGAGGAAGUGGAAGUGGAAAAACCACUCUGUUGGACUGUAUCACUGGGUACUUGAGUGCCAAACAGCUCCAGGUAGAAGGGUCGGUCUCAUUCAGAGGUGAACUGAGAGGUGCUACGUUCAGAGCAGGGUAUACCACCCAGUACGAAGCACUACUACCAACUCUCACUGUACGCGAGACAUUGACGUUUGCUGCGGAUCUUCGACUGCCAUUACCAGAUCCCCAUGAACGAGCCGCCAUUGUUGAGCAGGUAAUCCACGAUCUCGGGUUGAGCCAAUGUGCAGAGACUAAAAUUGGGACCAUGUCUGGUAAAGGAUGCAGUGGAGGCGAAAAAAGGCGAGUGAAUGUUGGCAUUCGCAUUCUCGCAAAUCCUUCAUGUAUUCUGUGCGAUGAACCCACAACAGGGUUAGAUUCUGCCUCCGCCUACCGGGUUAUAAGGGUUUUGAAACAGCUUGCUCAGCAGGGUCGGACUGUGGUACUUUCCAUCCAUUCACCUCGGAGAGAAAUUUGCGACUUGUUCGAUCAAGUGUUACUUCUCUCCGACGGAUGCCUCCUUUAUGGUGGCCCUUUGAGGCAAGUAUCCGCUCACUUUGGCUCAUGUGGGUUUCCUAUGGCUUCAACGAGUAACCCUGUGGAUUUCAUGAUCAAACUGUCUGCCACAAAUGCCACCACGGCCGAAAAGAAUGCUUCUGCCAAGGAAACAGUCAGGUACUUGAAAGAAUGCUGGGAGAUCUCACACCUUUGCAGUCAUGUUCCCAACCCUUUCACCUCCGAGGUUUCAAUCCGAAAUAACCUGUCUUUCCCUCGCAAGCUCAAGGCAUUGACAAUGCGCACGAUAAAGACAACUUGCCGUGAACCACUGGGUGUGGCAGCUGUUUUACUCAUGUCUGUCACGUUAGCCUUAUUUACUGGCCUAACAUUUUAUCAAGUAGAUGAGAGUCUACAAGGCAUCCGGUCACGGGAGAGUGGUCUUUUCGUUGCGAGCCAGUUAUAUGGCUACCUUGUGCUUCUGUUCGAAAUUUAUAGGCUCUCCCUUGACGUCCAGGUAUAUGACCAGGAAAGGUUGGAAGGGGCGGUUGACACUCUCACAUUUUUGAUCAGCAGAAGAGCGGCUAAGCUUUUACUGGAGGAUAUCCCGUCCCCUUUGUUCUUCUCAUCGAUUUUCUACUUUAUGGUUGGCUUUCACAAGGAGACUGGAGAGUUCUUGAUAUUCGUCUGCUUAAUCACCAUCACGAAUUACAUCACAAUCGCCGUUGCCACGAUAUGCGUUGGCAUUUCCCGCAACUUUGCUACGGCCAGCCUCAUCGGUAAUAUUUUCUUUACGUUUCAGUCGAUGGCUUGUGGGUACUUCCUUCCUGUACGUCGAAUCCCUGCCUAUGUUGCCUGGACCAAAUGGGUAACACCGAACUUCUAUCUCUUUGGUGCCCUAUGUUCAAACGAAUUCAUUGGCCUCAACCGCCAUUCGGCCCAGGGACGUGUCUACGGUUGUCCCUAUUCCCACGACCCUUUCAAUACCGCAUGCCAAGAAUACACCGGGAAAUAUGUAAUGAGAGCGCUUGGAAACACCCAGGUCGCAGAGCUUUCGCCACAGAUGACAGUUCAGCUCCAUUCUUUUGGGCUAGAGCUUGUCCGGAAGAGGUCACCACGUAACUUAUGGUAUCGAAGGAAUCUUGAGAGGCGUCACGUGAUUCAGUCCCUAAAUGUACAAUACAUGUCGAACGAGCUGAAUAUUGUUAUGGGCCCGUCUGGAAGUGGGAAGUCGACUCUCCUUAAUGUGAUUGCUGGUCGUUCACCAACUCCCUCAUGGACUACGGCUUACCGGACUUAUGGCGAAGUACUGUACGGCGGUAAGAACUUGCUGCCUCGCGAGAUUCGGACUAUCAGCUGCUAUGUGCCUCAGGACGACAAUUCACUUUUGGCGACACUGACCGUUCGGGAAACGCUUGCAUUUGCCGCGGCACUAAGACUGCCCAAAUUGGCACCGGCCGGAGGGAAAGUCCAGGAAGUGGAGCAGUUGAUCCAGUCCAUGGGUCUUGCGCAUUGCUCAGACACAGUCGUUGGCAGCGUCCGGCUCAAGGGAAUCAGUCAGGGAGAGCGGAGACGGCUUUCAAUUGCGAUUCAGCUUCUGACAGACCCAGAGGUAUUGGUGCUGGAUGAACCAACCUCUGGACUUGAUAGCUUCACCACAUUCUCGAUAAUUCGUAUGCUCCAAGAAUAUGCUUCAAAGGGCCGAACUGUUAUCCUCAGCAUUCAUCAGCCGCAACAGGAAUUGUUCGAACACUUCACAUACCUCAUGCUUUUGUCGUCAGAUGGACAUAUGAUCUGUGCUGGUCGCAGUUCAUCCAUUCUAGCUCGCAUCCAAGACUCCGCCAGGCAAAUAUUCGAGCAAGGCAUUAAUCCGGCCGAUUUUAUCAUGGACCUGGCCGUUCACGGAGAUCUAACCAACAGCACAGAAUUUUCCCGUGAAAAUCUUUUUAUAAGUGGUUGGGAUACGUUUUCGGAGGACUUCGGCACUGGAAGUCAAGCUAACGUCUCCAAUGACAUCGGAAACGUGGGGUUUAGACGGGGACGGCAAACCAGCCCUUUUUACGCAGUACUCCAUAUUUUCCUCCGCAGAGCUGCAUUGAAUCUUUGGCGGCAGCCGUUUCUCAUGGCAAUCCGCAUCACGCAGACUAUUGGCGUUGGUAUCGUCCUAUCGCUCUUCUUUGGACGCUUGCAACACGGCAUGCAGGACUUCCAGACUAGUCUGGGUCUAAUACAACAAUUUGGGGCACUUUAUUAUGCUGGUAGGGAAACCAUUCUGCUAGACGUUAAGCAAUCCGUACGGUACGGUUCUUCGGGUACGACUGACACUCCCAAUACUUAG